CACUUGAAUUGAAGCCCCUCCGAAAAUAUAAAAACCUUCCCCUGUUAAAAGCGUUCAGCUUUAUCCAAAGUUUUCAACUUUGUGGACAUGGUUGCACCACCAGUAGCAGUUGCAACAGCGGCAACAACAGCGCUAGUUACGCCUAGUUCGCUAACGUGCGCACUGGUUCCAUCAUGGCAAGGGCUUCGUGGAAGUCUGGGACCAGCUCGAAGCUUGCAAUGGCCAAAGAAACAGCAGAGACAAUGCAGAAGGAAAGCCGGUGGCACUAGUGUUACUGCCCAAUUUGAGCUAAAGCCUCCUCCAUAUCCACUGGAUGCACUGGAGCCGCACAUGAGUAAGGAGACCUUAGAAUAUCACUGGGGGAAGCACCAUAGGGGUUAUGUGGAUAACCUAAACAAGUUAAUAGCAGGAACUGAACUAGAUGAAUUGUCAUUGGAAGAUAUCAUACUUGCUACACACAACAAGGGGGAUCUUCUCCCGCCUUUCAACCAGGCAGCACAGAUCUGGAACCAUGACUUCUUCUGGGAAUCAAUGAAACCAGAUGGUGGGGGAAAGCCAUCAGGUGAACUUCUAGAAUUAAUUAAUAGAGAUUUUGGUUCUUUUGAGAGAUUCAUUGAAGACUUAAGGUCAGCUGCAGCUACACAGUUUGGUUCUGGUUGGGCAUGGCUUGCAUAUAAAGCGAAUAGACUUGAUGUUGGAAAUGCAGUAAAUCCUAAACCAUCAGAUGAAGACAAGAGACUUGUAGUUGUGAAGGGUCCUAAUGCCGUAAACCCCCUUAUUUGGGAUUUUUCUCCGCUCCUUACUAUUGAUGUUUGGGAGCAUGCUUACUACCUUGAUUUUCAGAACCGGCGGGCUGAUUACAUAUCAAUCUUUUUGGAGAAACUUGUAUCAUGGGAAGCAGUCAGUUCUAGGCUUGAAAUUGCGAAGGCUCGAGCUGCUGAAAGAGAGGAAGAAGAAGAAAGGAAGAAAAGAGAGGAAGAGGAGAAAACAUCAGAUGGCGAAGUUGAAGAGAUUUAUGUGGACAACAAGAGUGAUGACUCAGAGACUGAAUGAAUUCAGUUUAUUUUGCUUGCAGUGAAGAUAAACUGGAAACAAUUUUGGGUUGGUUGCCUUCUGGUUUGCAGUAAAUGUGAUACAUACAGAGGUCAUUCGAGUUUAGGCAGCAUGUACUAAAUUGUAUUGCACCCGAGUAGAUAGAAUUUAGGAUCUUAGGGGAGCAUGUAUAUCUCUGUGGUUUUCUACAAAAUAUAAAGUUGAUCAUCUACAUUUGGUUUUCUCUA